GGAAUUCAGCUGAAGCUCACACCGCUGUGCUGCUCUUGUCUUGUGCAAAAACUUGCUGAACGGAUUAAUUCUGGCAAAUCACAAGAAAAUGCCGUUGUGGUAUGUGAUAAUAUCCAGCUGCCUGUAGUAUAGUAGAACAGUCUGUGAGACAAUCAAAAUAUCUUUAUUAGCAAGUUUUAUAAUAAUAAUAAUAGCACACACAAAAAUCAAGUGAAACGUAUGCAAGAAAGACACAAAACCAAAGAAGCUCGUCCUUGUGGCUUGCUGUAGCGAACUCUGUAAUACUCGUGACGUGCGUCUCCUGCUACAGUCACUGACUCUUGGGUCAGAACCCGCGCCAACUCUGGGGGAAAGUCCGGCCUCCACCACAACAGCAACCCCAUCAAGAUGUCCCUGAAGGUACAAACUAGUAACAUCACGAACAAGAACGACCCCAAGUCCAUCAACUCCCGCGUCUUCAUCGGGAACCUCAACACGGCGGUGGUGAAGAAGUCUGAUGUGGAAACAAUCUUCUCCAAGUACGGGCGUGUACUGGGCUGCUCCGUGCACAAGGGCUACGCCUUCAUCCAGUACGCGGGUGAGAGGCACGCCAGGGGGGCUGUGCUGGGAGAGAGCGGCCGCGUGCUCGCUGGGCAGACACUGGAUAUCAACAUGGCCGGAGAGCCCAGACCCAACAGACCCAAAGGGCUGAAGCGAUCAGCAUCAGCGCUGUACAGUGGUUAUGACUUUGACUAUGAUUACUACAGAGACGACUUCUAUGACAGGCUGUUUGAAUACCGCGGCCGCGUGUCACCUGCCCCCAGAGUGGUUCCAGUGAAGCGCCCCCGUGUGGCUGUGCCGUUAGUGCGCAGAGUGAAGUCACUUCCUGUCAAACUAAUCACCCGAUCAGCCGCCAUCACAAACAGCUCUGCAAAACAGAAAUUGAAAUCCAAUGAACUUCAAGCAAUUAAAUCAGAGCUCACCCAGAUCAAAUCUAACAUCGAUGCUCUGCUGGGUAGGCUGGAGCAGAUCACAGAGGAGAAAUACUCAGUGACAGAAAUCAGGAAGAUGGAGGAGAGUAAGAGUGAAGUCUCGCAGGACGACUCGCCCUCCGAAACAGAAGAGCUGACUGAGGAGCUAUUGAACGGGGAUGAGGGGGACGAGUGUGAGGAGGACAUGAACAGUGCUGGUGCUUUGUUGGACUCCCCAGCCCGAGGCUCCCGGAACUCAUCUUCGCUGACCAUCUUUAAACUAAGAAUGUGGAAAAUGUUAUAUGGAAAACAAUCACUUCUCAGAAAUGGAUACGAUUCUACAGUAAAAGGCAGCGGGGAUUAGGAAGAGGCUGUCGGCUGGAAAAAAAUGUUUUAGAACCACAGGCAUCCGAUCGAGAAAGGGAAACUGAGGGGCGCCGUCAAGUUUAACAACUUCAUCGCAGGGAGAAACGACGGCUUGAAACGAAUCACCUCGACUCCCCUGCCGUCUAAAACAAACUUGAGUUCCUGCUCUCCACAAGUCUGGGAAUAGGACGAAGUGACAAUGAACUUUUGGAUUAAAAUAUUACUUUGAAAAGAAAAACAAAUAACAGUUUCUGGAUUACUGUUAAGCACUCUCAUAAAAGGACUGAUAUUUUAUGACUGCUGCUAAAUCUUAGAAAGUGUUCCCCUCCCACCCCACCAUUAUCUGUUGUUUUUAUUUAUAUAUACUGAUCUUAUAUAGAUAAAUGGUAUGUUAUUUUUAAUUACUUGUGUAUAUUUUCUGCUUGCACUUUCAAGACUGCAAGAAAUCUUUAAAGACGAUGUAAAUAAACAAUACUGAAUUUGUUGCCUGAACUUGUGGAGCUGCAUAAUAGAAACCAUGUGAGUUUUUAGGUGGUGUGUGUUUUCUACAUUGACAGGCUUCCUCCUCCCUUCUUUUUUUCAUUCCUUUGGAAAUAUAUUUGCAUUAGACCCAACUGCUGUUUUCCCAUCAUGAGCUGGGAAAGCACCAAGGAGACCGACUCACAAACAAGAACUCACUUCCAAACACCUACGCUAGGAGAGUUUACUUCAGCGGGUUAAGCACGAUCCACGGAUGCCACUGACACUGCUUUAUGAACCAGCCACUUAAACUGAAUUGCAUCACACCCUACCUGCAGAAAAUCGUGUGACUCAUGCUAAUUCGCUGCAUUUGUUGUAGAAUCAAUCCGUGUUCAUCCAGUUGCUUGUGUUUCAAGUGGAAAAGAUACUUGGUUUACUCCUUCCUGCACACAGCAGUGCCCUCUAAUCCAACAUCCUACCCACCCUGCUCCAGUCCUGCAGAGAACAUGAACCUCUGUUUCUCUGUACACCCAAUGACCUGCAGCGAACGCAGCAAGUGGCAAUAUACUCAGAGCUUUACAAUCGUUGACCUCAGGGUUCAGUGGAGGCUAUUUGGGUAUGGUUCUUGUUUCAAAAAAAGACUCUGGUGUCCCAGUUAAAUAAAUGAUUAUUUCCCAGAAGCAGGCAGAAUGUACUAUACUUGUUCUGCACUGCAUCCCCAUCCCCGCUGCUCUAUUUAGUACCUUCACUGCGAUUCUGAAUUUGCUAUAAAACAAGAUAGCGUAUAAAGGUAACUUCAGUCUUUAAAAUGUUACGGAGACCUGAGACCUCUGAGAGCAAUACAGUAUGUUUGGUUUAGUGGUUUAAAAAAAAAAAAGGGGGUGUUCAGUUCUUGAAGAAUAAAACAUCUGCCUGUUUCUCAAUCUCUGCACAUAAUUGGGAAUUGGUCUCUCCAGAUAUCUAGCCAGCUUGUUUAUUGUUCAUAGAGUUUUCUAAAACAAUACUGCGCCCCACUGCAUGCACAGUGAUGGUCUCAUAUGAGUCCUCACUGGAAUAGCUGCAUUGAGUUUCUCUGAUUCAUUUCUUGUUCUUUUCAGAUAAUAUUCCUGUACCAAUGUCAUUUCUUUUCCCCCCACAUGCGUGUCUGCGUUCCUGUUGUUGAGUUGGUCGCUCCCCGAUGAUCAUGUUAAACAGAAGCUGCUAGUCAUUCUGUCUCUUGAUGUACUGACCAGGUCUGCUUCUCCGCAUCAAAAACAAGCACACAAAUAAACAAUGACAUGUCAGCUUUGUGCAGGUGAGGAAUUCAAACCACAAUGCCAACACUCCUGUUCACAUUAUUGAAUUUAAACAAUUUACUGGAUACCCCAUAUACAUGUAAAGCUAUUGGAACGCAUUGGUAAAUAACUAAAAUGGACAAGCAGUACUUAUUAGAAAAUGUUUUUUUGUGUCUGUACUUAUUCCAGCUGUUGAAAGAAGAUUUAUGCUCCCUUCUUGUUCUGAAUCUCAAAUAUCCACUUGUCCAGAUCAGACUGCUACACUGCCAAAACUGUGUUCCACCCCAAAUCAGCUGCCUGCUAAAAGGCUUGUACUCUUUUUUUUAAAUGUUAACAUUUUAGCAAAACUUUGUUGCUGUGAAAAACGUGCCUGGACUAACUGUGCGAAGUGCCAAGUGUAAAACCUCACGUAAAAUCUGACACAAAGUACAGUUUUAAUGUUCUACUUCACCUCUAAAAGGAGGUUCAGAUAUUAAUGGAAUUUAGAAAUACGCCAGAUUUUAUCAGUUAACUCGCAUGAACCUGAAAUACUGGCUAACAAAAGCACACAGGGGUCUGGUUUUCAGUCGUUGCCCAUGUUGGGGUUUCAUGAGGCAACGGCUGCAAAUAGCUAGGUAUGUAAACAUGCCAUCCCUGCAAAGCUUCUCAAUACUAGGAACACGCAUCUCCACCACAGGAGGCACGAAGAGCACAGAAGAACGACAUGAACCUCGUUUAGUUUUAUCAGGAUAUUAAUAGAUGUCAGGACCUGGGUCCGGUUACAUAAGAGUGCAUUAGACUAGCCUAUAUACCUAGGCCACUCUUAAGCUAGUCACUUAAACUAGUCGAAUACAAGUUAGCCAGUUGAAUACAAAGGUCAGACGGAUUAAUUCUAGGCCUGAAUGUUAAGCCUCCUCUCCCCCAGACUAACUCCCAGUCUUAGUCUGUGUUGCCAUACCAAGGAGGAUUGGCUAGCAAGGAGGUCGCUGAGGUGAGGUUAAAGGCACAGCUCUAAUUAUACAUUGCCACAAAGGUAAGCAAGUCUGUCAAUGCACAGACUGGACCCAUACUGGGUUUACUGCCACUGACGCAAUCACUAACCAAAUCUGCAGUGAAUGAGACAGACACGAUCCCUUUCGAUACGACCCCAUGACAAACCUUGUGCUGUUCUAUAUAUUUCCGAAGCCCAACAUUAAGAGACCAAGCCCUGCACCUGAGUUCAGCUUUCAGAUUUGUUGCUUUUGGUUUUAUAGGUUUUUCAUAGCUCAUCGCAUAAGAUAGCCACAUUCUAGCAUCUUCGCAGUGCAAAGCUGCUGGCACAGUACAAACACGCAACAAUACAUUGCAAUUGCUUUUAAAAGGUGAGCAUUACAUUAACCAUGCCUCUGGUUAAAAGCCGCUGGUUUGGAUCCUCUGAAGUGACAGAGCAGGACGUUCAGAGACCUGUAACAUGUUAACUGUGUGAUUCCCUUCAAACAGCUACUGACAAAAAUAAAACAUAAAAUACAACUUAUUUUUGACAGAUGUUUGAUUAUUGUAAGCUGGUCAGCUUUGCUUACAUCAACAGCCUUUGCCGUUGUCUCCAGGAGAGAGUAGUGCUCUGGGAAAUUAUGAAAAAGUUCAAUUCCAUGAAAGAAAAACAAAUAAACUGUAGUACAACUUAUCACUAACCCCUGCUGUCCUCACUCGAAGCACCUAAUAAUUAUAGAUCACAAUCAAUCCACUGCUUGAGUGGAAAUCACCAAGCUGUACCAGAAUUAGAACAGUGUAUUUACACACACAUACUCCCCUCCCUCCCUCCCUCCCCACUCAGUCCCUUCUGACAUCUGCAGAACCUUUUAAUAAAGCACUUUGCAACCCCAGAAUGUUGUUUUUUCUCAGUUUUAUUAGGGGUAAUAGGCAAGUAAGAAAAAAAAGAAUGCUAGGUAUUAUAAUUCAAGUUCACCCAAUUAAAAAAAAAAAAAAAAAAACUCCUUGCAAGCAGGAUGGAAAGAUGAUGAUGAAA